AUGGCGGGGAUGGAUCUGAUGAAGAAGACGAAGAAGAACAGGAAAUCAAACAGAGGGACCACGGCGGCGGCACUGCAACAACAAGAAAAGCUUGAGAUUGUCGAUCUCAGUGGCUUGUCCUUAGACUCUCUGCCUAAUCCUUCUCUUAAUCUAGCCACCAUCACCAACUUGCACCUCUCCAACAACAAUCUCCAGAGCAUACCGGAGUCGUUAACGGCGAGAUUACUGAACGUGGCGGUGUUGGACGUUUACUCGAAUCAACUCACCUCGCUUCCUAACUCUAUCGGCUGCCUCUCUAAGCUUAAGGUCUUGGACGUCUCCGGCAACCUCCUCGAUUCCUUACCUAAGACCAUUGAGAAUUGCAGAGCAUUAGAAGAACUGAAUGCCAACUUCAACAAGCUUACCAAGCUUCCGGAAACCAUAGGGUUUGAGCUCAUCAACCUCAAGAAGCUAUCAGUGAACUCCAACAAGCUUGUGUUCCUUCCUCACUCCACCUCUCACCUCACCGAACUCAGUGUUCUCGACGUUCGCCUCAACUGCCUCCGGUCGCUGCCGGAGGACCUUGAGAAUCUCAUCAACCUCAAAAUCUUAAAUGUGAGCCAAAACUUCCAAUACCUAGAAACCCUACCUUACUCAGUAGGGCUCCUCUUGUCCCUCGUAGAACUUGACGUCAGCUACAACAGAAUAAAAUCCUUGCCGGAAUCCAUCGGCUGCCUCAAGAAGUUAGAGAAGCUAAGCGUCGAAGGGAACCCACUGACGUCGCCGCCGAAGGAGGUGGUGGAGCAGGGGGUUGAUAAAGUGAAGGAAUAUAUGUGUCACAGGUUGAACUCAGCGCAUGAAAGUCCAAAGAAGAGAUCUUGGGUUGGUAAGUUAGUUAGAUGUGGAACCAUAAACGGACGAUGGACGAGGAAUGGACCUACAAACAAUUAUGCUCUUGGACCUCAGUAUCGUACAAUGGAGGGUCUUGGAUCACCAAGUUUAAUGGCCAUGUUCUCUCCAAAGCGUCUCUUUUCGUCACCUCGUCGUUCUGUGUAAAUUCACAGGCAAUAAUAUUGUGAAUCCCUAGCUUGUGUAGAUUUUGCAGUAGACUUUUUUUUGCAGGUUGAUAAGUUAGGUCUGGUUUUACGUUAGAGUCUUGGCGAGAAUGAUGAUGAGGGUUCUGUAAAAUACUAUAUAAGCCUCUCUAGUUCUUGCUUUUCUUCUUGGUGUUUUUUCAAAGUUCCCGUAGGACUGCGUCAACAACAUAACUACUUACAUGUGUGUGUAUUUGUGUGCGCGUGUAUGGUCCUGUAUAUUUUUCAUGGAUUGAU